ACGUGUAAGACACAGUGUCUUUCUGUCUGCCUUUAAUUUCUCCCUUUCCCGACUUAAACAUUGAAAUUUUAACUUCAUUCAGUCGGACCUUGCAGAGUGAUAAUUAUAGUUAUGGCUACCGUGAGAAGCACUAAAAGGAAUCCCGAUACAGGUAAUGGUAAACCUAAAAAAACUGACGAAGUUGCAGAGGAGCCAGCCUGGGUUAAUAGAUUAGAGACUCAAAUGAGCUCUAUUGUUGCUGAAUUAACUCAACUAAAAGAAAGUCUUCCCUUUGGAGGAAAAAAAUUGAUUCUUUGAGCUUGGAUCUUAAAGAGGUAACUCGCAAUGUGGCUGAUAUUUCUUCUCGUCUGGAAAAGGCUCAACGAAUUGUUGAUUUGGAAUCUUGCUCUCGUCGGAACAAUAUUCGAAUUAUUGGAUUGAAAGAGAAAUCAGAAUCAGUCAACACACUGGACUAUUUUGCUAAAAUGUUUCAAUCUCUAUUUCCCGAGGCUUUUCUACAAUUGCCUGACAUUGAAAUAGCUCAUAGGGUUGGAACUUCGGGACAAGGUAAAAACAGGCAUGUUAUUGUGCGUUUUCUUCAUUUUCGAGACAAUGACCAUAUUGAUUAAGCUGGCAAGAAAACAAAGACUGCUUAAAUUUCAAGGCUCUGAGAUUCGUUUCUUUCAAGAUUUUCUGCAUGAAAUUGUUCAGAAACGUUCUAGAUUCGCUGCCAUAAUGCGUAUGGCUUUUCAAAGACGGAUGUAUCCCUUUCUUCAAUACCCAGCUAAAUUAAGACUUUUCGCUAAAGACUCGGUUAGUAUUUUUGAGGACCCAACCGAUGUAUCGCGUUUUAUUAAUUCUCUCCCUGAUAUAAAGUUUCAUGAUGUUAUUUAAACAGUUAAAUGUUUUAAGUUGGAAUGUCCGUGGUUGGAAUCAUCCUAUUAAGCCCCGGUUGGGUCACCUGGAGGAGGUUGUAUGAUGUUGAAAGACCCGAAACACCCGAUGAUUCCAGGAACAUCACUGAAGAUGUGUCCAGAAGCAUCAAUAGAUCUUGUCAGCCUCUCGACUCUUCUGCUGAGAUGAGAGUGAUUCACUGCACUCUGCUGUUACUGAAUGAGAUUCUCAUCUCACUCCAAGGUGAUUUUAUCCUACUUGUACCCGAAGAGCCUUUUGUAGCAAUUGCAGGUGAAGAUGUUGUACUGGAAUGUGAGCUGCUCCCACCAACCUCUGCCAGCAACAUGACAGUGCAGUGGCUGAAAUCAGGUCUCAGUUCACCCAUCCACAUGUACAGACAGGGACAAGAUGAUCCCCUCGCCCAACACCAGGAUUACAGAGGAAGGACAGAACUGUUUAAAGAUGAAAUUACCGAAGGAAACAUUUCCCUCAGAUUAAAGAACGUAAGGCCAGACGAUGAAGGGCGAUAUACAUGUUCAGUUAAAGACAGAAUUGACUUCAAACAAGCUACAGUUGAACUGCGUGUUCACAGUGAUUUUAUCCUACUUGUACCCGAAGAGCCUUUUGUAGCAAUUGCAGGUGGAGAUGUUGUACUGGAAUGUGAGCUGUUCCCACCAACCUCUGCCAGCAACAUGACAGUGCAGUGGCUGAAAUCAGGUCUCAGCUCACCCAUCCACGUGUACAGACAUGGGCAAGAUGAUCCCCUCGCCCAACACCAGGAUUACAGAGGAAGGGCAGACCUGUUUAAAGAUGAAAUUACCGAAGGAAUCAUUUCCCUCAGAUUAAAGAACGUAAGGCCAGAUGAUGAAGGGCAAUAUACAUGUUCAGUUGAAGACAGAACUGACUUCAAACAAUCUACAGUUGAACUGCAUGUUCUCAGUUCCGGGAGUGAACCUCGGAUUCAGAUGAAGGGAUACCAUGAAGCGGGAAUCCAGCUUGUGUGUAAAUCCAGUGGAUGGAAUCCUGAGCCGGAGAUCCAGUGGAUUGGUGGGGAUGGGAAUGCAUUAACAGAGGCUGAGACAAAGUACCACAGAGACUCGGAUCUUGUAAAUGUCGAGAGCAGUGUUAGAGUAACGAGACAAUCAUCAGGCAAACUGAAGUGUAUUAUCAGGAGUCAACAUUUGAAAACAGAACAUACAGCAAUGAUUACAAUAUCAGACGAUCUCUUCCCUGCUGUUCCUGAAUGGGUCCUGCCACUGGUCGUCACCAUUUGUGUUGUAAUUGCUGCAAACUCCACUGUGAUUUAUUGGAAUGUGAAACAAAACAGACGCAUAAAAGAGCUGGAACUUCAGAAAUCCAUCAUAGAAUCUGGACAAUGGAAACCCCUUUUGCAGUCAGUGUGGAAGAGGAUACGUGGCCAUGAAGUCUCUGUCACCCUGGAUGUGGAAACAGCGAAUUCGGAACUCGAGGUGUCUGAGGAUCGGAAGACUGUGAGACGGACCGAGGCCCAGAGAGAUCUCCCUGACACCGGGAAGAGGUUCACAAAGUGGCGUUGUUUGCUGGGAUCGGAGGGAUUCACAUCGGGGAGACAUUACUGGGAGGUGGAGGUGACGGAGAAUCGGCGAUGGAGGCUGGGAGUCGCCGCAGAGUCUGUGGAGAGGAAGGGAGGGGUCAUACCGAGACCAGAGAUUGGAUUCUGGAGAAUCGGGCGGGAUGAUGAUGAGCUGAAGGUUUACACCUCCCCAGAGUCCCGUCUCCCUGCCGGUCCCAUCCCCGGGAGGGUGGGAGUUUAUCUCAAUUACGAGUCCGGGACAGUUUCAUUUUACAACGCGGAGACUAAGUCCCAUCUCCAUACCCUCACUGGGAAUAAAUUCACGGAGAAACUUCAUCCUUUCUUCUGGAUUGGAUAUAAAAACGAGUGGCUGAGAAUCUGCUCUGGAUCCGCUCCGGGUCUGUAAACGGGUCGGGUCCGGGACCGGCGUCAGGAGUAAGUCAGUGUAAAUAUAAAUGUGCGGAGAGUGAAAUAAACACGAUGUGAGAAUUAUCCAUCCAUUAAUUUUAACUC